AUGUUCAUGACUUUGAGCAGAUUCUCAGUGUCUGUAUCACCCCAAACGCUAAGGACUUCUGCUGGCCAUCUCCACCUGAAUUUCCUGCCAGAGGUGCUGUGUCCAAGGAAUGAUACCAUUUUUAAGCAAGUCUUUUCUCUCUUAAGAUUCAGAACUUCAGGAGAAAAUCCCAUCUGUUCUGCAGAUAAAUUCCUGGAAUUGAAAUUGCUGAGUCAAUGGAUUGUGAUUAAAAUUUUUGGUGGCAUUUUGUUGAGCACCAGUCGGCACUACAAGACAAAGCCUACCCAUGGCAUUGGAAGAUAUAAGCACCUAGUUAAAGCCCAGGAGCCCAAGAAGAAGAGAGGAAAAGUGGAAGUGAGACCCAUUAAUUUGGGAACAGAUUAUGAAUAUGGGGUUUUAAACAUUCACCUGACUGCAUACGACAUGGUCCUGGCAGAGAGUUAUGCCCAAUAUGUUCACAACCUCUGCAACCAUCUAUCCAUUAAAGUUGAGGAAAGUUAUGCGAUGCCCACCAAAACCAUGGAGGUAUUGCGGCUGCAAGACCAAGGCAGCAAAAUGUUCUUGGACUCAGUUCUUACCACCCAUGAGCGAGUGGUUCAGAUCAGCGGUUUGAGUGCUACAUUUGCAGAGAUUUUCUUGGAAAUAAUCCAAAGCAAUCUUCCUGAAGGAGUCAGAUUGUCAGUGAAGGAGCACACUGAAGAAGACUUCAAAGGAAGGUUCAAAGCUCGGCCAGAACUGGAAGAACUGUUGGCUAAGUUGAACUAGCUCAUUGCAAACCCUUUCAAGCCAGGACUGGUGAUAUUGAGUGCCAAGGGGAAGAGCUUCCUGGGUGGUCAAAAUUAAGAAGAUCCUUUAGAUAUUGUAACUACCCAUCCCCAUUAGCCAGGAAUGCCUCCUCUCUUAUAUGGAGGAGUGUUGCCGAUUACCACUUUCCUUUGAGCCAACCUAAGACAUCCUUCAUCUAAUAAAAAUCUGCAGCUGGUG